AUGUUGACCGCACCCUCCUCCGGCAACUCAUCACAUGAAUCCAUCACCGCCACAAUCAUGUCGAUCGAUAGACCCGUUAUCUUCGGCGGCGUGCCAGAUGUGCUGUUCUUGAUCUUGAGCAUGGGCGAUGCUUCAACCAUCCCCACGCUAUGUCGCUUGAACAAGGCUACCUACGAAACCAUCAAAUCCCACGAGACGUUCCUCUGCACCUCGUUCUUGCGACUCCACGAUUUCAAUCCACCGCUAGACAGAAUCCUGACGAUGGAUCCCAUCACGGGCCAACGAAACCCGCUCAAUUUCGUGAACUUGCAGAAAUUCGUGUUUCGGCGACAGACGGCCCUCAAGUUGGCGUCACGGGUUGCUCGUUCGGGGUUUGGUGCUUGGUGGGCGAUUAAAGGUGCUGGGGAAAUGGAUGCAGAGGCAGAAAUGUUUCGACAACGUGUCGAAAGGGGACUGUACGUCAUGUUUCACAUGUCGGAUAUUGCUCGCGACGUCGAGCGGGUUAAACUGCGCCCACAUAGAGCUGCAGGUAACACUUAUCGGAUUAUGUUGUUGAGUUGGCUGCCGUGUAUGCGCUGCGAGAAGUCCGGGAUAAACCGUAACUGGUGGUUCCCUCGACACAUUUCUCACAUCUACGUGGUCUUACUUCGAAAAUCGCAGCAACGCGAGAUCGGAAAACUGAGAUGGCGGUUCCGGCAAAUGCUUGAUCUGGAACGCCGGGUCGAUUUUCAUAUUGCUCUACAAAUGCUGCGGCAGUUUCUGGAAACUAUCAUCUUCGCGCACUGUCCGGACGAUGACGCGAGUAUCAGUAGUCUGAGCGGCGAGGACGUCGACGUCACGAACUGGUUUCUCCUCCGACAAGGCGCGCAUUCACUUGCCCGGAUAUUCCUUGAGCUUCCCGAUCGAGACUGUUGUAGUAUAGAAGAUCGGGCCCGGAAACAGAAGGACGGCGUGCUACCAGUAUGCGACUAUUCGGAAGCCUUGAAAGAAUACUGGGAUGCGCGCAACGGUGACUCAACGGUUGACUGUAAAAAGUGCGAGGCAUGGUUGCGAAGUUCAAGUACGCAAAGUAUCCUCAACGACUUUUUUGGACUCCAUGCACUUGACCUUGGCAAGGAAUGGGUUCGCCAAAUGCGCGGAGAAGGCGAACUAUUUGAUGCAUAA